AUGGGUCAUUUUGGGGUUUCUAAAACUCUAGAAUUCUUAAAAGAACAUUUUUAUUGGCCUCACAUGAAAAUUGAUGUCCAAAAGCUUUGUGAAAGAUGCAUUGUGUGUAAAAAGGCUAAAUCAAAAGUUAUGCCUCAUGGUUUGUAUACUCAUUUGCCUGUACCUGAAUUUCCUUGGAUUGAUAUUUCCAUGGACUUUGUUUUGGGGCUGCCUAGAACAAAGAAUGGCAAAGAUUCUAUUUUUGUAGUUGUGGACAGGUUUUCAAAAAUGACACAUUUUAUUCCAUGUAAAAAGGUGGAUGAUGCAUGUCAUGUUGCUGAUUUGUUCUUUAAGGAAGUGGUGCGCCUACAUGGCUUACCAAGGAGCAUUGUCUCUGAUCGUGACUCCAAGGCUGUUCUUAAAAAGAAUUUUAAAAUGUGGGAGGAAUGGUUACCUCAUGUAGAGUUUGCUUACAAUAGGAUUGUCCAUAGCACUACACAACAUUCACCUUUCGAGAUUGUGUAUGGUUUUAAUCCUUUAAUACCUCUUGAUUUGUUACCAUUGCCUAACACAUCUAUUUUGAAGCAUAAAGAUGGGAAAGCUAAGGCUGAAUUUGUGAGAAAAUUGCAUGAACAAUGUUUCAAAUGUGGCGUUGAAGGUCAUCGUGCCGUUGAUUGUAGUAAGGAUUCUGUGACGUGUUUCAAGUGUGGCAAGGGUGGUCACACAGCAAACCAGUGUGGAGUUGGUUCAAGUGUGACUUGUUACAAUUGCGGUGAGAAAGGUCACAUUAGUACCAAAUGUGAUAAGCCAAAGAAGGAGCAAGCGAAGGGAAAGGUGUUUGCAUUGUCUGGUGCGGAGGCUACUACCGAUGAUAGGCUAAUCCAAGGUACGUGCUUUAUUAAUGGUACACCUUUGACUGCCAUUAUUGAUACCGGUGCAACACAUUCUUUCAUUUCUUUGGAUUGUGCUAAGAGGUUGAAUCUUAUAUUAUCUGAUAUGCGUAGAAGUAUGGUUAUUGAUACACCUGCUAUGGGUUCUGUUUCUACUACCUAUGUGUGUCUGAAUUGUCCGUUGAGUAUCUUUAGUAGGGAUUUUGGAAUUGAUUUAGUUUGUCUUCCUUUAGAGCAACUUGAUGUGAUUUUGGGUAUGAAUUGGUUAGAAUUUAAUCGGGUGUAUAUCAACUGUUUUGAGAAGACGGUUAUUUUUCCUGAGGUUGGUGCGAAGGAAGAUUGGUUUGUGUCUGCUAAGCAAGUUGAUGAAUCGGUGCAAGGUGGUGCUGAGUUGUUUAUGUUGUUGGCAACUUUGGAUACUCGUGAGAAGAGGACGAUUGAAGAAUUGCCAAUAGUUUGUGAAUUUGCGGAGGUAUUUCCGGAAGAUAUAAGUGAUUUACCGCCGAAACGUGAGGUUGAGUUUUCGAUUGAUUUAGUUCCUGGAACUAGUCCUGUAUCGAUGGCUCCCUAUAGAAUAUCUGCUUCUGAGUUGAAAGAGUUGAAGUGUCAACUUGAAGACUUGCUCGAGAAGAGGUUUAUUCGUCCUAGUGUGUCGCCG